AAGAAAUUCCCCUCUUAAAAAAACCCAAAAUAACAAAGCUGAGGACUCCAUCAAAUAAAAACCCUUUGCUUUCGAAGUUCCACCGAACUGAACUGCCCGUAAAACCCUAAACCCCACCGGAUAACGCAACCGGACUUCUUCCCGGCCGUCAAUCACAGUUAACAUGCCUUCAUUCUUAGGGCUUAGGGUUCGUAAGAUUGAACGGUUAAUUUCCCUUUUGAAUUCCAAACAAUGUUUGCCACCGUGGAUUAUUACUGCCCGGCAUUUUAGCUUCGGUGAUGACCGCGGUGGCACCGUCAAACAACCGUCAGUGGGAGAAUCUGAUGAUGAGUUUUCUCGAGACACGAGUUUUAAUGAUAAUGGUAGCAAUAGAAAUGAAGAAGGAUUUGGUACUGGACAACGUAGGGUUUUGAGAGGUCAGAGGCCAAUAAAUCAGCCUCCUUCGAAUUCUCAAGAAUCGAAUCGAGGUGCCCGUCGUCCGAGAUUCGAUGGAAAUCGUGGCAAUAAAUCUUCUCAAAUUGAUCUUGGUUUUCAGGGUAGAAAUGUGGCUGAAACUGGUAGAGAUGCAGGUCAAUUAGGAGAUAGUUUUCUCGAUAAAUUCAAGCUUGAUUUUGAUGAUAAGUUAGGGAAUCCGUCAGAGGUUGAAGCAAGCAGCCAAUCUGGAGAAGUGACAAAUUCGUCAAGUUCCAGUCAACCAGCGGUAGAUUCUAUGCCUCAAGAUGCUGAUGAGAUCUUCAAGAAGAUGAAGGAAACUGGUCUUAUCCCUAAUGCGGUGGCUAUGCUUGAUGGUUUAUGUAAAGAUGGUAAUGUUCAAGAAGCUUUGAAGCUUUUCGGUUUGAUGCGGGAAAAGGGAACGAUUCCGGAGAUUGUCAUUUACACAGCUGUAGUGGAGGGAUACACUAAGGCCCAUAAGGUUGAUGAUGCUAUAAGGAUUUUCAGGAAAAUGCAGAGUAACAGCAUUACUCCAAAUGCAUUUAGUUACACGGUCCUUAUACAAGGACUCUACAAAUGUAGCAGACUACAGGAUGCUUUUGAAUUUUGCUUGGAGAUGUUAGAGAGGGGUCAUUCACUAAAUGUGACAACUUUUGUUGGCUUGGUAGAUGGUUUCUGCAAGGAAAAUGGAGUUGAAGAAGCAAAAGGUGUUGUCAAGACAUUAACAGAAAAGGGUUUUGCUUUUGAUGAGAAAGCUGUCAGGGAGUUUUUGGACAAGAAAGCGCCGUUCUCACCCUCCAUUUGGGAGGCCGUCUUUGGUAAGAAAGCCCCUCAGAGACCAUUUUAAAUAUAUUUUUAGACUAUGUAAGUUCAUUGUCUUGAUUCUUGUAUUCUUUUCUAGACUUUGUUUUGUUCUUGUGUAAUGAUGUAUGAUUACUACAGGGACCACCUAUUAAAAUUUUCUAAAGAGAGUUCGAGUUGUUUGCUGUUU